AUGGCUCCCCCUUCCACAGACCUUCAUUUUGUUUUGUUUCCAUUGAUGGCACAAGGUCAUCUAAUACCAAUGGUGGAUAUGGGUCGUUUAAUAGCCCAACGUGGUUCGAUUGUUACUAUAAUCACAAGUCCGGUUAACGCAAACAGGAUUCAAUCAACAAUUGAUCGUGCAAUUGAAGCUAAGCUUAGGAUUCAACUUCUUGAACUUCCACUCCCAUUAGCUGAAGUUGGUUUGCCGGAAGGAUGUGAGAAUUUUGACACGCUUCCAUCAUCUGCCCACGCAAUCAAUCUGGUACAAGCAAUGAAUAUGUUAGAAGAACCAGCUGAAAAUAUGCUUCGAGUUUUAUGCCCACCUCCUAGUUGCAUUAUCUCAGAUGGUUCUUUUCCAUGGACUAAUGAUGUAGCAAAGAGAUUGAAUAUUCCAAGAGUUGUUUUCUAUGGGCCAGGAUGUUUCGCAUUCUUAUGUGUACACAUAGUGACAAAUACGAAUAUACUAGACGAAAUAGAUUCCAACUCGGAGUACUUUGUAAUGCCUGGCCUACCUGACAGGAUUGAAGUUACAAAACCCCAAGCUUCAACUUGGGGAAGAGGAGACUCAAAAGAAACAACGGAUCUUUUUGAUCGAAUGCUAGAAGCUGAAAAGACUUGUAGUGGGAUAGUGGUUAAUAGCUUUGAGGAGUUGGAACCCAGAUAUGUUGAGGAGUUUACGAAAGUGAAAGAUAAAAAAGUGUGGUGUAUUGGACCAGUUUCACUGUGCAACAAAAGCUUCGAAGAUAAAGCUGAAAGAGGAAACAAGGUUGCGAAGGACGGGUAUGAUUGCUUGAAUUGGUUGGAUUCUAGAGAUCCGGAAUCUGUGGUCUAUGUUUGCUUGGGAAGUUUAUCAUAUUGUUCCACAGAACAAGCCAUUGAGCUUGGGCUAGGAUUGGAGUUAUCGAGAAUACCGUUUAUUUGGUUUAUAAGGAACACAAGUGAUGAAUUUGAGCAAUGGCUCUUGGAAGAAAAAUAUGAAGAAAGGAUAAAAGGAAAAGGUCUAAUGGUCCGUGGUUGGGCACCUCAAGUCUUGAUAUUGUCGCACCAUGCCAUUGGUGGUUUUAUAACGCAUUGUGGGUGGAACUCGACCCUAGAAGGAAUUUCUGCUGGAAUCCCAAUGGUUACAUGGCCACAAUUUGCAGAACAAUUUCUUAACGAAAGAUUUAUCAUAGACGUAUUGAAAAUCGGUGUGAGGAUAGGUGCUGAGGUUCCUGUUCUAUUCACAGAGAGAGAUCAAACAGACGUGAAAGUGAAAAGAGAAGAUGUCAAGACAGCUAUGGAAAUUUUAAUGAGAAAUGACGAAGAAGGGUGGGCAAGAAGACAAAGAGCUAGGAAGUUUGGGUUAAUGUCCAAAAGAUCAAUGGAGGAAGACGGUUCGUCUCACCUUAAUAUGACAUUGAUGAUCAAAGCUAUUGUGGAAGAAGUAGCCUACAAACAAAUUCCAAAUCUUGUGUAG